AGGUGUGGUUCUAUUGCUGGGAGCUGCUGCUGUCAUAUAAAACACAGCUGUCCUGGACUAUUCUGCGAGAGAGCUGGAUGCUGCAGAGAUAUUCACAUCCCAGAGGGAACACCACGGUGGCAUCAUCCUGGGACACGACAGCUUCUCAUAUACAGGAGGAUAUUUCAGUGGGAUCAGACAGCUCAGGACGUAGCAGAAAUCAGUUUUGGAGUCACAGUUUUGGAGUCACAGGGCAGAGAUGUGUGCAGCUCGCACCCCUCUGCGGAGGAGAGCAAGCACACCCCUACCCUGCGCACACCAGAACCGUUCACACGCAGCCAACCCCAUCAUGAAAGUCUCAGAUCUUUCUGACCAUGCUGCAGAAUCAGAGAUAAGUGGUCCUUUAGACUUGCAGGGAUCAGAGGGGACAUCCGAUGGACUCUUUAGGGUGGUCGUGCUGGGAGAUCCUGGUGUGGGAAAGUCAAGUCUGGUCGGUAUAUUCAGAAGAGAACAAGACAGAGAAUCAGGAGAACAACAACAAGAACUAUACCAGUGCACACUGACUGUGGACGGAGAGGACACCAGCCUUCUCCUGAUGGACAUAAGUGAGAUCCAGAAGCGAACCAAUGGAUGUGAUGGUGCCCUGCGAAUGGGUCACGCGUACAUCAUUGUGUACUCUGUCACAGACCGCUCCAGCUUUGAAAGUGCCUCAGAGUUACGGAUUCAGCUCAGGCGCACACGUCAGUAUGAAAAUAUUCCAAUAAUCCUGGUAGGGAACAAGACAGAUCUUGUCCGCAGUCGGGAAGUGUCUGUGGAAGAGGGCCGUGCCUGUGCCGUGGUGUUUGACUGCAAAUUCAUUGAGACUUCAGCCGUCCUGCAGCACAAUGUACAAGAGCUGUUUGAGGGGAUGGUACGUCAGAUACGGCUACGGAGAGAUGGGGCCGACACAGCCGAAAGCUGCCGCAUACGAAGUCAGCGCAAAGAGAGCCUCGGCAAGCGGGCGCGCAGGUUUUUGGACCGGCUCGUAACCCGCAACAGCAAGACCGUCUUGAGAGUACAUUCCAGGUCGUGUCAUGAUCUGUCUGUCCUGUGAGGGGUUCAUUGAUGGACAUUAAGAACCUACAACACUUGGAGCAGAAGGUACGGACCAUGCGGAUGGAACACUGAUGUGGAAAAUCCUAAUCGUACCCUAAUGACUUAAAUGGCGACUUCUGCAGAUGUAAAUUUGUUUAUUUUCCGACCGUAUCUUCUUCUGCACACCUCACUUUGUUUUACACUGUAGUAAUGUGAAUAAUAGGACCACUUAUAGGAGACUAUUCUACUCUUUACUAUUUACCCCUCUGUGUACACAAAACCCACAUCUCCGAGGAUCCACCGGCAGUCAUCAACUUAACACCGCACUUAAGUCAAGGAGACAAAGUCGCCACAUGUCUCACCUCUCCUCCACAAUCUCUCCAUCUUUUCCAACUCCCCUCCCCCUCUCCUUGCAGGAUUUUAUGGAACUUUGCCCAGCUCCCUUCUAAUCCAACACUGACCAAACAGUGGAAAAAUUGAGCUCAGUGUUUAUGGAGAGAGGCCGGGAGAGACGGUAUGGAUAGACAGGGGGAGAGAGAGGAGGAGGGAUGGGAAUAACUAGCAGAUCCCAUGUCUUAAGCUCAGUUUCCUUAAAGGGGAUAUUAACCAUGUAAUGAGGGGCAAUGUGUCCUGCCAGUAAUACAGUAAUAUUUCUAUAAUCCGUCAUCAUAAAUCGAUAAUGUUUCCAUCACAAAACUGCAAUAUUAUGUGGAAUUUCACAAGAUCAGAAGCAAAUUCCUCUAUAGCAGAAUAUUACAUGUUCAUUUUAAUUUACGGUUUGUCAGUGAAGAUUCUUAACGCUUACAAGCAAGUUUUCUAUACUUUUCUAUGGCUGUCGAGUAAUCCAGAAUGUUUGAUAAUCUGGUCGCUAUCAGAUUCUAUACAUGGUGAAGUAAAUCAUUUUU